AUGUGGGACAUAACACGAGUAUAUGUGGACAAAGGCAAUAAUCGACCAGUCGUAGCAACCUGUGCUGUAAAGAAAUCAGGGAAAGCCAAAAUAAUCUUUUCUGGCUGUAACGAUGACAAGACACGCCUGAUCCGAAUCAAAAGACCGGAGAGCAUUUUCUGUCCCAAUUUUCGGACAUCGUGUCCUCAUCCGUUGUUCUUCAUUCGUUCCUCCCUGUAUCAUUCCUCCAUCAUUCCUUUUAUCAUUCCUCCCUCUAUCAGUAUUAUUCCUCCAUCUAUCAUUCCUCCCUCUAAUAGUAUUAUUCCUCCAUCUAUCGUUCCUUAUUACAUCAUUCCUCUAGCAUUCCCUUUGCCAUUCCUCCAUCUAACUUAUUAUAUCUCCCUCUAUCAUUUCACUAAAAUUCCCUUUAUCAUUCCUUCCUCUAUCAAUAAUAUUCCUCCAACUAUCAUUCCUCUCUCUAUUAUUCCUUUAUCAUUCCUCUCUGUAUCAUUUCCCCCAUCAUUCUCUCUAUCAUUCCUCCCUCUAUCAUUACUUUAUCUUUCUCUCUAUCAUUCCUCCCUCUAUCAGUAUUAUUCAUCCCUCUAUCAUUUUCCAUCUACCAGCAUUAUUCCUCCAUCGUUCCUCCCUCUAUCAUUCCUUUUAUCAUUCCUUACUCUAAUAUUCUAUCAUUUUUCCCUCUAUCGGUAUUAUUGCCUCUCUGUCAUUCCUCCUUUUAUCAUUCCUUCUAGCAUUUCUCCCACUAUCAUAUCAUUACCCAUCUAUCAUCCCACUAUCAUUCCCUCUAUCAUUCCUCCCUCUGACAUUAUUCUAUCCUUCAUAUCCUCUAUCAAUAUAUUUCCACCAUCGUUACUUCCUCUAUCAUUACCUCUAUCAUUCCUCACUCUAUCAUAUACCCUUGUAUCAGUAUUAUUCCUCCCUCUAUCGUACCUCUUUCUAUCAUUCCUACCUCUAUCGCUCCUCUAUCAUUCCCUCUGUCAUUCCCCCUCUAUAAGUAUUAUUCCUCCCUCCAUCUUUCCUCCUUCUAUCAUUCCCUCUAUCAUUUCUUCUUCUAUCAGUAAUAUUCCUCCCUCUAUCAUUACCCACUCUAUCAUUCCUCUAUCUUUCCCUAUAUUAUUCCUCCCUCUAUCAGUCCCUCUAUCUUUCCUCCCUCUAUCAUUAUUAUUCUUCUACAUUCUUCCCUCCACUGUACGAUCGCUACUUUUUAUCCUUCUCUGUAAACAUCAGUUUCAUUUAUUUUCUUCUUUCUAA